CUGCCGGCGCCGAUUCUGCGUGCAGCCUCAGCCGAGCCUGAUUGGGCGUAGUGGCACCGAAGGCAAGGGAGGAGAGGCGGCUGGGCUCGCCGCACCGAAAUGUAAACAGUGCGAAGCUAGAGGGAGCGCAGCGCCUUCCUGCUCCGAGGAGCAGGCAGCUGGCUUCAGGCUGCCCCGGCUCCGGCAGGGACCUCCGGCGGCAGGUCUAGCUGUGUCCGGCUCGAUGAACAAAACCAGGCACUUCGGAGGAUCUCCUGCCUGUGGAUGUAAAUAGGGGGCAAUCGGGAUGAGCUAGCUUUCUCCGCCGGCGCCGCAGCUCCUUCGUGCUCCGCGCCGCAGCUGGGACAGGGCGAUGGACAUGAACAUGAAGAAGUUCACAGUGCGCCGCUUCUUCUCCGUCUAUCUCCGCAAAAAGUCUCGGUCAAAGAGCUCGAGCCUAAGUAGAUUUGAGGAAGAAGGUAUUGUGAAGGAAAUAGACAUCAGUCAUCAUGUCAAGGAAGGUUUUGAAAAAGCAGAUCCUUCUCAAUUUGAACUGUUGAAAGUAUUAGGACAAGGUUCAUAUGGAAAGGUAUUUCUAGUCAGGAAGAUAAAAGGAUCUGAUACAGGCCAGCUUUAUGCCAUGAAGGUACUUAAGAAGGCAACUCUAAAAGUUCGGGAUCGGGUACGAUCUAAAAUGGAGAGAGAUAUUUUGGCAGAAGUGAACCAUCCUUUCAUAGUCAAGCUUCAUUAUGCAUUUCAAACAGAGGGAAAGUUGUACCUAAUACUAGAUUUCCUGCGGGGAGGUGACCUUUUCACCAGACUCUCCAAAGAGGUGAUGUUUACAGAAGAGGAUGUCAAAUUCUACUUAGCUGAGCUGGCCUUGGCAUUAGACCACCUCCAUGGUCUCGGAAUUAUUUACAGGGAUCUAAAACCAGAAAACAUUCUUCUUGAUGAAGAGGGUCACAUUAAGAUAACAGAUUUUGGUCUGAGUAAAGAAUCCAUCGACCAUGACAAGAGAGCGUACUCAUUCUGCGGGACAAUAGAGUACAUGGCCCCAGAGGUGGUCAACCGGCGAGGGCACACGCAGAGUGCUGACUGGUGGUCCUUUGGCGUGCUCAUGUUUGAGAUGCUGACGGGAUCAUUACCCUUCCAGGGAAAAGACAGAAAGGAGACAAUGGCACUCAUUCUCAAAGCCAAGCUGGGAAUGCCACAGUUUUUGAGCAUAGAAGCCCAGAGCCUGCUGCGAGCCCUCUUCAAAAGGAACCCCUCCAACAGAUUAGGUGCUGGGUUUGAUGGAGUAGAAGAAAUUAAGCGUCACCCUUUCUUUGUUACUAUAGACUGGAAUAAACUGUACAGAAAAGAAAUCAAGCCACCUUUCAAGCCCGCAGUGGGGCGGCCAGAAGACACCUUUCAUUUUGAUCCAGAGUUCACAUCUCGAACCCCUACAGAUUCCCCAGGUGUUCCUCCAAGUGCCAAUGCUCAUCAUCUUUUCAGAGGGUUCAGCUUUGUUGCCUCUAACUUGGUGCAGGAGCCUGCACAGCAAGAUGUGCACAAAAUCACUGUUCACCCAAUUGUGCAGCAGUUACAUGGGAACAACAUUCAUUUUACUGAUGGAUACGAGAUCAAGGAAGACAUAGGAAUUGGCUCCUAUGCAGUGUGCAAGAGAUGCGUUCAUAAAGCUACAGAAACAGAGUUUGCAGUGAAGAUAAUUGAUAAGAGCAAGAGAGACCCCUCUGAAGAAAUUGAGAUUCUCUUGCGAUAUGGACAGCAUCCAAACAUCAUUACUCUUAAAGAUGUCUAUGAUGAUGGGAAGUUUGUGUACCUGGUGAUGGAGCUGAUGAGGGGAGGCGAGCUGCUGGAUCGCAUCCUUCGGCAGAAGUGUUUCUCAGAGCGGGAGGCCAGUGCUGUGCUGUGCACCAUCACCAGGACCGUGGACUACCUACACUCUCAGGGUGUCGUGCACCGAGAUCUCAAGCCAAGUAAUAUCCUCUACAUGGAUGAGACAGGAAACCCAGACUCUAUCAGGAUCUGUGACUUUGGGUUUGCCAAGCAACUCAGAGCGGAGAACGGGCUGCUCAUGACUCCCUGCUACACAGCCAACUUUGUCGCUCCUGAGGUCCUUAAACGCCAAGGUUAUGAUGCAGCCUGUGACAUUUGGAGCUUGGGGAUCCUGCUGUACACCAUGUUGGUAGGCUUCACUCCUUUUGCAAAUGGACCAGAUGACACCCCAGAGGAAAUUCUGGCCAGGAUUGGCAGUGGCAAAUAUGCUCUUACAGGAGGAAACUGGGAUUCAGUAUCUGAUACUGCAAAGGACAUUGUGUCUAAGAUGCUUCAUGUAGACCCUCAUCAGCGCCUCACAGCAGUCCAAGUCCUGAGACAUCCAUGGAUAGUGAACAGGGAGUACCUGUCUCAAAACCAACUCAGCAGACAGGAUGUUCACCUCGUUAAGGGUGCAAUGGCAGCCACGUACUUUGCUUUAAACCAUGCACCUCAAGCACCAAGGCUGGAGCCCGUAUUGUCUUCCAAUCUGGCUCAGCGGCGAGGCAUGAAAAGACUUACCUCUACCAGAUUGUAGCAGUACCUCAAAAAGGCCUCCUUGAAAACCCACAGUUUAUUAUUUGAGAAGUUUCAUUUUUACUUGGCUAGCAGAACUUUUUUGGACAACCUGCACAUGAAAUUGCCAGAACUAGCAGAAGCCCAUGUAAGGCAAAGCUCUCAUUUGCUAAAUCUUUUCUUUUACAUUCCAGCCAGGGUCCUGAGUUUAACAACUUCACAAAGAUGUGCCAGUUUUGCCAGUAGCUCUGUUUCUUUACUGAGAUAAAGCCAAAUAAAAUAGGCAAGCUCCAUCCUUUCCACCCUAGGAAAACUAUUUUUGAGUCUGUAAGAUGUUCCAUGGGAACAACUUUCAUUUUGUUUCUCAAGAAAAGCACUUUUUGCUAUGAAGAACACAGUCGGGUUAGAAUGCUGUUCCAGCAUGUGUUAUGAUGAAGUGACUUGGCACCAGCAGACAUCUACUGAUCUCCACUCACUACAGGAAAAGUGAAGGCUGCAGAGACACAUGAGUAAUAGCUUAUUUGAAACAAGUGCUUAACAACAUGAGGUAGAGAGAGCUGCUGGUGGUGGAAAUACCUUCUGUUCUUGAGGAAUCUUUUGCACUUUGCCCCUGCCUUCUCUGGAAGGAAGCUAGCACCUCUCAAGGAGAGUGUGUCACCAGCACUGACUUGCUCAAAAGUCUCAGAGAGCAAAAAACCUCUGAGAUCCUCAGUCUUCUGAGGAAAAGAAUGGGUCUUAUAAGACUGUGGGGAGGCAUUAAUGUAAAGCAGUGUGAGUAGGAGGCUGUGGAUCAGGCAGGAGAAAGGUGUUUGGUCCUGGCCAGCAAGCAGGCCUGGGAGGAUUAGGUGAGGGGGCUGGGAGAACUGAACAAAGGCAGGGAAAGAUGUGAGUGGCUUUGAGGACAGUAAGGAAAAUAAUCCAAAGGCAACUCGUGUACAGGGGGCCGACUGUGACUGCCCUCUCAAGGGCAGUCCCCCUUCAGUGACUGGUGCAGAAGAUGGUGGAUGGCUAGGCUGCCCAGGGGCCAAGCGGGUCGAUGCAGCUGUCCUCCCACACUAUCACCCUGUCUGCUCACUGAGAGCCGUUCUGGCAGCCCAGAGUGCCAUGCUGGAGCAAGAGAGGCCAUUUCCAGUCAUUGUUCCCUGCCCUCCCCUGGCUGAUCACCCAAAUCUGCCUCCAUCACCCAACAUGUCAUGUCCCUGCCUGGGUGUUCUGCUCUAGCAGACCUAAACUCCCCAUGCCAUGUGGGUGCAGAGAGUACCCACUUCUGAAGAGUUCAGCCAACUCUGUUACAAGCUUUAAUAAUAAUAAAUUAUGAGGAGAAAUUGGAGGAUGCUCUGCUUUUAUAUUUAUAUGAAUAUGUACAUGUGUAUUUAUAUACAUAUAAAACAAAAACUCUAUGCCCUAAUACCUGAAUUUUCCAGGUCCAGGGAAAGAAAACUGUUGAAAUGGUCUCUGCAAAAUGGACUUUUUUCUCAUUCCCUAGUUUCAAAAAAAGCAAGCAAGGUUUGUGGUGCCAGAUGUGAACUAUUUUUUUAUUCCUUUUCUUACCCAUCUUGGCUUACUGGUGGUCACAAGCUGACCAAUAUUCUUCUUUCUUCUUUGUACUACUUUUGUUAAUUUUAAUUUUCUGAGUGAAUUUUGUCACCUCAGAUGCUUCGUGGGAAAAGCUACUGGGCUGUGAACAUGGAGCUCCAUUUGCUACACAUGGUAAUUUUUGCUUGCUGGGUAGUUUGUGCAUCUCGGUGCUGAACUGGAAUUACCAGAUCACUGCCUCAGAUUGUCCAAGGGGUUUCAUUUGCUAUAGUCAUAUUUUUCCUAAAACUAUCUCUGUUUCAGUGUUGACUGAAGUCUCUUUGUUUGCAUUAGUCUAUUUUUAAAUUUAAAUUUAUUCUUAAUAAUUUAAACUGAUAUUUAAUGUUAAAGUUUAUGUGCUGUGCACAGAGGAUUGCUGCAAAGCAGCUCUCCUUGAAGCCCCUCUCUUUUCUAAAAUAAACAGUGCUGUGAAACUUCACACAGAGGCUGAGUUGGCUGGGACUGAUGAGUGCAAAUGCACAGGUGGGUGUCUGCGCUUGCGUACACAGCAGCCCACAUUCUCUCCUUUGGCUAAUCUGUGCGCAGUGUCAGCUUUUUGCUGCCUUUAGAAUUUUCUGCUUGUUAGAAGUUAAGUCUCACACGUUUCUGCUAACAGCACACCUUGAGGACAUCCACUGGCAGGGAUAUCCUGGCUGGUGCAGAACAGCUCUGGCCAGGCCUUGCUUCCCUUGAAGUGACUUCUGUCCUGGAAGAAGGCAAGGUGGGCAUAAGGAUGCAAAGAGCAACCUGGAGGGAGGGCUGGAUUUUCUGGGGUCCCAGCUGAUAUGUGGUAUUUCAACAAAAUGUAUUUUUAAUGGUCGGAGUAAUUGUAUUGUGUUGUAUAUGGGCAGAAAGACUUGUUGAAAAUGUUAUGUACAGUUUUUGUCUCUCUCUGAGAUUUCCUGGUCAUCUUGCAUUGCUUCACUUUGCUUUCUCUCACAACCACUGGAAAAAGUCUCAUUCUUUCUAGAUAUACUCAGUCUUAAUUCUUUAAGCAUUGUUUUUCAACUGAAUAUUACUGUAGGCCAAGCUUACAGGAUGUUGUUCUUCCCAAAGUUUAAGGGUUUUAAUGUCUUCUUGACUUUCCUCUUUCUAACCCACCAACUAUUAACAUAGAGACACAUACAGACUCAUACACCUUCAUGCUCAUUAAUUACUUUAUAAGCCUAUAAAUAAUUAUAAGCCCAUACAUUUAGUGAGCUUUGUUUAUUAAGGUUUUGUUGCCAGUGCAUCCAGAUGUGUGCACAUACGUGUCUGUAUGCAAACACAUGCACAAAAAGGUGCUGUCCCAGCUUGUCCAAAUAAAGGUAGAAGUGUAAUCAGAGGUGGAGGUGAUACAGAGAGAUUUGUCUGCAGUGUUCUGUGAAAUCUGUCAUUGAUAAUGGUAAUGGUUACUCUGGGUGUAGAAAAAAAGGCUGUGCCCAUCCAUGGAAGAAACUUCCCCAUCCAGUCUCCCCUCUGCCCCAGAUGUGCAUCCCCAUGCACUUCCAAGGACAGAUCAGUCUCCCCUCUGCAGUCCUGCCAUGAGUGGUGCUUUUCUGAGAGUUUUCUGACCUGUUCCUGUCAAGUGAACCCAAUUAAUCCUUUUCCACUGUCAGUCUUGCUGAUCCAAGCUCACUUGGACUGAAAUCCAAAAGCCUCCAUCAGCAAAUCCAAGGGAGGCAGAAAGCGAGGAAUAUGCCACUGGCACUCAUUAUUUUUAAGUGAUAGCACCCACUGGUUCCCCUGGCCCAGCUGGAUCUGGGACAGGAUGCUAGGCUGUGGCCUAAUUACUUCAAUGGCUGCUUUAAUACCAGCAUCUCCUUUCUAGACUCCUGGCCAUGGUAUAGGUCAGCAAUAAGCACUUUGUUUUUUUCUUUCUAGGAGAAAACUGAAAAAGGCUUAGCCUCUCUCUUUCUCUCUCUCUUUAUAUAACCUUAAGAGACUUUUACUAAAUGGUAUGUUUAACUCCUGAAUGUCUAAAAAUCUAUUUUAAUUAGAACAUGCCAUCUUGCAAGUUUUUAGUCUUUAAAGUGACCUAGUGCCUUAGGCUGUUACAAAUAUUAUAGUUACAUUUUUAACCAUCAAGCUGCACAAUGCAAUGAGUGUCCAAGGCAUACCCCAGUGUGCCUGUCACAGACACAGUCAGCUCAUCUGGAAGCCCAGUUCAAAAUCAAUCACAGAAUGGUCUGGGUUGGAAGGGACCUCUGGAGCCCAUCUAGUCCAACCACCCUACUAAAGAAGGUUCACUUAGAGCAGGUUGCACAGGACCAUAUCCAUGCAGGUUUUGUUGUUCAGUCCAGGAGAGAAGUGUCUGUCCAGCAAAGACAAAGUAUAUCCCCAAAUUUUGGAGAGCUGGACCCCACCUCUGCAGCUCCAGGACUCUGAAGAAGCCAGAUGGCCCUGAUGAAGAAUAUCAUGGGAAACAUUACCCCAGUUCCUACACAGCACCACUGCUUGUCUAUAUGGCAGAGGUGUGGAGAUGCUGCUCAAAGGGAGGGCUGACCUGUGCCCCUCAUGAGUUUUCACUUAUUUAAAAUCUGUUUAACUUUUUCUAAGCAAGUUUUAACAGCAGUUAGCAUUUAUAAAGCCUAACCAUUUCAAUAAAUGACAACUGACCCUCACAGACAUGUUAUCUCUACAUUUAAAAAAUAAGUCUACCUGAGAAUAGAUUCUGCUUUGUUUCCUCAUAAAAAAAAAAAAAAAUCUUCUUCACCUCCCAGGGUGCUGGGGAUAGCCCAAACACAGAGAGCUGAGUGAAGCAUGUCAUGUGUGACGUGAUAUCAUGACAUCACAUGUCAUGUACCUCUUACGAGGUACAGAUUGUGUGUUCCUGUACUUCGUCUAACCCUGGAUGUAAUACUGGGCUCUCUUUCAGCCAGACCCUUUCAGCUCUUUCCAACGACUUGUACCCAGCUCUGGUACCUCUGAAUACAUCCAAACUUCAGUCAAGUAUGCAAUUGCUGUGUGUCCAUGAUACGAAUUAUGACAGGGCUUGGCUCAUGCCCUAAUCCAUGGAUGGCACAAAGGUUUCUUACGCUGCUGGUCUACUGAACUUACACCAGCAUAUGCAAGUGCUGACACAAAAAAUAGCAGGCAGUCACUUUCCCUUGGGUUCGACUGCUCAUCUGUCGUUUCACACCUCCCUUAGCCAUGUCACCAUGGGGCAAAGCAAAUGUUUGUGCGUCAGAACAAAUGGCUGGGGACAGCAGGAAGGCAACAGAAUCAGUUUAGCCAACAGUGCUCUCAAUACACUGGACUGACUACAAGUUCAGUGUCACCUCUGUCCCUCUGUUGCUGUGUUAUGCUGAGCAGAGUCCAGGUGUGGCUCAGAGUCAGGGCUAUAAAUGAUGUGAUGUUUGUACAGCAGCAGGUUCCCAGUGCCAAGCUGUGUGCACAGAGAGGAAGGACAUGUCCAGGCUUCUGAAAAUUUGCCACAAGUUCAUACAGUUCUUCCCUGUAACCAGAAGGUGUACGGCCACAGAUGGCAUGUCAUGGGGAGAUAUUGUUGACUGUAUGUAUUUUUGCCACUACCUUAAUAAAAGUGAUAUAUUUGUUUUUAAAUCCUCCAUUUUUGCAGAGUAAAUUCUUGAUUUUGGGGCAUGCUACAUCUUUCUCGAUCCCUAGAAGGAGUAAGGCAGUCAAACACAGAAAAUACAGCAGAUUACUAUAGCAGAAAAUAUAUUGUAGCUUUCACUGGAAAAAUAUUUUCAGGCAGGUGUUUUGAAGCCCUCUCUUAGGAUGUGUGUAUCAGAAAGGCCAAAGUAAAUAUUUAGAAGCAAAGUUCCCUUGUUGAACAUCCAGAGAUGACACCUUUAAGCAAGAGCCACGUGAGCUCCACAGUCACAUAUCUGAAUCCUAAAAGACAGGCAAGCGGCACAACCAUUCAUAUAUUCCUUACAUUAAAAUAAAAAGGUCUAAAAUAAUGUUAAUAAGAUGCUUUAGUGUAAUACAUUUAAAAAGAAAAAAAGUAAAAUGUGCAAGCCUGUUUUUCUUUUCCUCUUUUGAAGUAUACAUCAUUUUCCUUUACAAGUGUAUAUUCUUACCUCCCAGCUGACCCUGAUCCUGAAAUCUUGUGUUGCCUGAAAAAACUGCAGCUUAGCUGCUUCUGGUACCUCAGGUCCUGUGUAAAGACAGUCCCACACUCCUCUCUCCAUGUCUGUCCACAGCAGACACACACAAUUGUACACCCUGUCCUAUUCUGAAAGUUAGCAAAAACAUGAUAAUUUAAACUCAGAAGAUAAAAUGAAAUUAAAAGUAAGGUUCUCAGUGUGUACAGAACUAAAACUCGUAGUAUUCAGGUGAAGGAUGAAUUGAAGCCUGUGCAGAAUAAAAAUGUUACAGAACAAAUAAAGUUACAGUAAGUCUUAGAGUCAAAUUUUAUCUAAACUCUCUUCAUAGAUUUUUGCAACCUAGACCUUGCAUUUCCAAGUGCAACUAUGUGACAACCCAUGUAUGUCAGCCAGCAUCUGAUCAUGCAUGUCAUCACAAGGCUUGCACAUGAAAACAUUUUGCAGCCCAAAGUUUAGAAUCUAAAAUUAAGAUUUUGGCCCUUUUUGUUGUCCUGUAUUGUGUAAACCAUGAUGUUCAGUGUCUAACUAUUCAAUCACUACUUCUUGCUUUGGUAUACAUAGUUACAGAGUCAACUUGUGCUCUGUUGUGUCUCCUAAAUGGAUGUUACAGACAUAUUUUUCAGAGCUGCUUUAGCCUGAAAGGAAAAUGAGGAAAAUGCAUGCCCCCCUUGAUGAAGGUAAAUUUUAAAAGGAGAGGCUAGAAAAUAUGCAUUUGAAGUGCAGAAAAUGAAAAACAGUUGCUAAAAGAUUGUUUCUGAUUUGCUACUCAGACCCAAAUCUUGCUGCCUUCAUUCUUGUGUUAAUUCCUUAAUCCAUAUGCACCUUCAGUGACUCUGGUGGGAGAGCUCAGAGUCAAGUCCUCUUUCCUAUUGCAGUAGUGGAGUCUGGCCAUUAGGUGAUGAUGCGUGUAAGGAAUUUACUUGGGUAGUACUAAAUUGACAAAAUAUGAACCAUGAUCUAGCACUUUUUUUACAGGCUGCAUAUUCAUGUUUACAAAAUAAUGAUUUCUGAGGCUCAUGCUUUUUAUGUUUCCUGUAUGAAAAGGGCAGCCAGUAUACAGAUACUUGUUAUGUUUACUAGCAUUUCUGAAUAGAUUUUUUUUAAUAGUACAUGGUUUUAUGAAGUGUAAUAUUUUUAUAGUAGAAUUAUGUUCUUUGGACUUUCUAUAUUGUUACCUACAAUUGUUUGCAAAUAAGAUCUUUGCUCCUUUUUUUCUGUGCCCUGUAUCCCAUAUUGCUGCUGCUAAUGUUGCUGGCCUCAGUUGCUGCUGCCCCACCAUGACGUGGGCUGACAGUAUUGUGAAAAUGUGCAAACUAACUUCAAAGAGCUGUGAUUGUGCUGAAGGGCUGGCUGCAUGCUGGGUUCCUCCUGGCAGGAGGGAUGUGUAGCUGUACCCAACCAAGGCAAGAGUUUACUGUGGAUGGCCCCCAAGGAGAAGCCUCAGUGCUCAACUUUGUCUGUAUUCUGCCAUUUUGGUUUGGCAUGCCCAUCCUUUCCUUUCUUUAUAAUGAAAUAAAAAGAAAAACAAAAAGGA